AUUAAUAAAAAUCAUGGAUUUCUUUCAUGUGCCUAGUGUUAGGUGCUGGUGUUAACGGCAAGAAUGUUACAGCAUUUUAAACGAAAAUGGUUUCUAAUUUUAAUUCUACAGAUCAUAAUAGCCAAGCAAACUAAUCAACAGAGUGGCGAAGAUGAUGCUUUUAUCCCAGUUACGGAGCAGGCCGAGGAGGAGUGGCACAUGGAUUUCAUGCCUACUGGGUACCUGCCUGACAGCGUGUAUCGCGAGCUAGCGUGGUACGGCAUCCUCCAGAUCCAGCCGCUGCACCACAGCGCCAAGUUCAAGGUCGCGGCGCAGCUCAUAUGGCAGCACACGCUGGGCCGGCCCCAUGUCAUCAUGGAGAACCCACCUCAGUCUACCCAAGGUCCAGGCAAGGUGAGCCGGCAGAUCCUGGCAGAGGAGGCGGCGAAGUGGUCGCGUGAGCAGCGAGCGGCGCAGGAGGUGCUGAUGGAGAACAUCAAGAGCGGUGGCAAUGGGCUCACCAUUCGCACCGUCGUCAGCGCCUCGCACAGAACCGUCUAUAUUAUACAAAACGGUAAUUACUAUGAAUGUCCCACUGGUUCCGAGCCUGAUCAGGACGCAUACCGAAUGCAGGCGAACAUGCAUGAUCGAAAAUGCACAUUUGGCAAGGAGUCUGUAAAGAUAGAUGUCGACCCCUGCAUCGAAGCUGAAGUGGCACCCAUUGAAUACUCUUUUAAUGAAGGCUGGGUGUUCUGUCUCGGUAAUGGGGAGAGAGACAACAACUACUUCAAGAAUGGGACGGUGGACUGUGGAAAUAAAACUAAGAUAUCGAUGGAUGAUUUCCUGAAGCUAUGCGCGAUCGAUAACAACGUAGUCAUCAGCUUUGAUUACUUCGGCGAUGAGCCUCGCAAAGACCUGAUACGGAAUGCAACAUUCUGCAGCACUUGGGACCCCUGCAAGAUUUCAUAUCUAUACCGACUUGAGGCUCCUCCAGAUGAGUUGACCCCGGAAUUCCCCACGACUACUGAGAACCCAUGCGAUACUACACCAUGUGACUUCUGUGUGGAGGGCUUCACAGAAGAUAAGGGACAUGAGAUUUCAAUUGACGACGCAAAUGAUAACGACAAGGAAUUGAAGAAGUAAAGCGAAGCAUAGACGUGUACUAUUUCUUGAAUUAAAUUUACGUCGU